UUCAUUGUUAAUUCAAUGUUCCGUUAAUAAUGACUCUUUUGGUGAAUUGAACAGAGUCCAUAGUAAAAGACUGUUUGAUUGGCGGCGCAUUACCUUCUUCCAUGGCUGAUCGGAAUCCAAACUUCACCGCCGCCCAUUCUGUUGAUCCCCGAAGCGGUUUCUGCCCUCAAACCAAGAUUUUCCACAGCCUCCGACCACCACUCUCACUUCCACCCAUUCCUCAGCCUCUUUCCGUUAUCGAACACGCCCUCACUCUCCUCCAAUCAUCCCCUCCUCCCGCAAACACCUCCGUUCUCGUCGACUCCAACUCCGGCGUCCGUGUCUCAUACUCUCUUUUCAUCCGCCAAAUCCGAAACCUCGCCUCUAAUCUUCAAGCUCUCACCUCCCUCUCCAAUGGUCAAGUGGCUUUCAUUCUUGCACCUACUUCUCUGCAGGUCCCUGUGUUGUUGUUCGCUCUCUUGUCUCUCGGUGUCACUAUCUCUCCAGCUAACCCUACUGGUUCUCACUCCGAGAUUGCUCACCAGGUUCGACUCAGUAAACCGGUCAUUGCCUUCGCUACGUCCUCGACGGCGCCCAAGCUCCCGAGGGAGCUUGCCAAGAUUCUGAUAGAUUCGCCGGAGUUCUUCUCUAUGAUUAUCGAAAGCAAGCGAUCGGGUGGAGUUGAUGAUGGCGUCGCCCAGGUCAAAACCAAUCAAUCCGAUUCGGCGGCGAUUCUGUACUCGUCUGGCACUACAGGGCAAGUGAAAGGCGUAUUACUGACUCACCGGAAUUUGGUUGCGGCAAACGCUGUGGCUCAUGGUUUCCAGUUGAUGGUCAGCUCAAAAGAGAAGGAGCGACAUCCUGUCUUCUUGUGUCUGUUACCUCUGUUCCAUGUUUUCGGAUUCAUCAUGUUGAUUCGAGCAAUUUCACGAGGCGAUACUGUGGUUCUGAUGCAGAAAUUCGACUUCGGGGGGAUGUUAAGAGCUGUGGAGAAGUAUAUGGUCACGUACAUAUCGGUUGCUCCGCCGCUCGUGGUGGCGUUGGCCAAGUCUGAGCUGAAGGUGAAGUACGACCUCAGUUCUCUUCGAAUUUUGGGAUGCGGCGGCGCUCCUCUUGGGAGAGAAAUCAUCGAGAAAUUCCAUGAGAAGUUCCCCAACGUAGAAAUUACACAGGGAUAUGGCUUGACAGAGAGUACAGCAGGCGCAUCAAGGACUUUGGGGUCUGAGGAAUCCAGUAACACAAGUUCAGUAGGUCGCCUAUGUGAAAGUAUGGAAGCCAAGAUAGUGGAUCCUGCAUCUGGAGAGGCCUUAUCUCCUGGCCACAAAGGAGAGCUUUGGCUGCGAGGACCAGGAAUCAUGAAAGGUUAUGUUGGAGAUGACAAGGCAACUGCUGAAACCUUGCAUCCGGAGGGAUGGCUAAGGACUGGUGAUCUUUGCUAUUUUGAUUCUGAUGGAUUCCUCUACAUUGUUGACAGAUUAAAAGAAUUGAUCAAGUACAAGGCUUAUCAGGUCCCUCCUGCUGAACUGGAACAUUUGCUCCAAUCCAACCCCGAGAUCGUUGACGCUGCUGUGAUACCCUAUCCUGAUGAAGAAGCUGGAGAGAUUCCUAUGGCUUAUGUGGUUAGAAAGCCUGGAAGCAAUAUCACUGAGGCCCAAGUCAUUGAUUUCGUUGCAAAACAGGUUGCACCAUACAAAAAAAUUCGGCGAGCGUCUUUUAUCAACGCAGUCCCAAAAUCACCUUCAGGGAAGAUUCUUAGGAGGGAGCUUGUCAAACAUGCCCUCUCUCAUGGUUCUCAUAAGUUGUAAGAAAGAAAGGGCCAUGAAAAUUUAUACAGCUUGGCUUUGGCACAUCAGAAACUGGGCAGCUUUACAAUUGUACUUCCGAGCCCUCGUUCUAUCUCGACCAUUUCAGAAGCAUUUUCAUUUGCAGCCUGCCGCACUGCAAAAAGAUAACACAAGGCUAAACUUUCUACCUGGCCUUUUGAUGUUGGAAAUGUCUUAUGUAGCUGAAGCUGAAUGAUUGUUGUCUUUAUUUGAAGAACUAUGUCUGAUUCUGAAUAAACAUCCUUCACGAGAAUAAAUCAGAAGUCUUUGAUCUGAAAAUUUUCUUAUAAUUAAUUUGCACAUAUUCAACCAGCUGAUGCAGGAGGAGUGGUCAUAGCGCUUAAACCACUUCCUCAGACUCUUUGGAUUCUGCUGCUUUGAGCCUCUCACUUCCGGUGGGUUUCGUGGGUGGUGAUUGGAGCUUCCAGUUCUGGUCCCUGAAUCUUCCAUGGCGGCGUUGUCUCUGCUCAGAACAUGUUCAAGUUAGGAUCCAGUCUUCAACUCUGUUCACCGCCAAAGCUUUGAGAUGAUGUAACGCGGAAACGGCCGCCAACCCACCAAAUCACCAUCUUCAUCUACAACUCUGGAGAACAGCAUCAAUCUCUUGCAUGACCCAUUCGACUCCAGUUAAAUUAUGGCUCGCUUAUUUCACGGGUACAGUGUUUGAUAACGCCUUACAAAUCCAUUAAUUUCCUUCUGAAUUUCACCCAUGGUUUUCUUCCUCUUGCAGAACAGCGUCGGAAUUCAUUCUAAGAGCUCCUUGCUGGCGGUGGUUUCCAUCUCUCUCUGAUGGUGAAUUUCUUCUGUAAAUCUAUCCCGAUCAUGAAGCAGGAGAAAUUUGUAUGGCUUUUGUGGUUAGAAAGCCUAGAAGCAAUAUCACAGAGGCUUGAGUCAUUGAUUUCAUUGCAAAACAGGCAUGUUUCUCCAUCUCUCAAGGAAACUUGAAAUGGGUAUUGUGCGGUCAUGGCUUGUCUGCUAUUUUCCAAGUCUUCUUCAUUCAAAUCGGACCAUAUUCAUCUUGCAGGUUACUCCAUACGAGAAAAUCCGGCGCAACGCUAUAUCCCUAAAUCGCCUUCAGGGGAGCUUGUCAAACAUGCUCUCUCUCACGGUUCCAAUAAGUUGUAAGAAAUAAUGCCAUGAACAGGGCUUAUAGUUCGGGACCUCAGAAAGUGGGCAGCUUUACAACCUACCGCACUGCCAAAAGACAACAUAAGGGCUGGGUUCCUUGACAUUUUGGCAUGCGUAUUAUCUUCAUUUAGAAGCCCGCCUAAUGUUUCUACAUGAUUGUUGUUCUAUGAUUUGAAGAAGUGUCUGAAUUCUGCAUGAACUUCCUUCACGAAAAUGAACCGACUCUUUGAGCUGAAGAUUUUCCGAUAUUAGUUUUGUGUAUAUAAUACAUCCAACUUCCUCAGACUCUUCGGAUUCCGCUGCUCUGUGGUGGCGAUUGGUAGCUUCCAAUUCUGUUCCCUGAAUCUCCCAUGGGCCAUGGCGGCGUUGACUCUCUCAGAAUAUGUUCAAAUUGGGAGCCACUCUUAAAACUUUUUUCUGUUUACUUCAGCUGAUAUUAAUUCAAAUUCACCGCCAAAAUUUGAGAUGACCCCACGUGGAGAUGGUUGCAAACCACCACAUCAUCAUCUUCAU